AUUAUUCAUAAGCUCGACCUUUCAAUUUUUUCCGGAUUCAGUUCAAAAUCGACAUUACAAAAAUAAGGUGAAAUGGCGCAGACCCUCGUCAAAUUUUUGGGAUAUUCCCUGCAUCUCGUAAUUUUAUAUUACGGCACUUUGAGGCUUUUGAGUGAAUUGGGAUACCUUCCGACAGGAUUAUUUCUCGGACUGGGUCUGAUUGCGGUGGUUCAUUACUUCAGAAUUCCCGCACCUAGUCAGAAAGAUGUGGAGGCGAUACUUGGCAAGGAUUUGUCGGAUUUGUCACCCGAAGAGAUGAAAACAGCCAAAUUUGUGGAAGUGGUUGGGCAUAGAGGUGGUGGCAUAGAUGCCCCAGAGAAUACGAUAGCAGCUUAUAAAAAUUGCAAAGAGAAUAAUUGUAAUUAUAUCGAAUUCGACGUUUGUGUAACUGCAGACAACGUUCCUGUUGUCUUCCAUGACAGAACAACUGGAAGACUUGCUGAGAAAAAUCUAGAAAUAAGCAAGACUAAUUGGGCUACCCUGAAAAAAUUGAACCUCUCAGCGAAACACCCUAAUAGAGAGAGAUUUCCAAGAACUACAAUAUCCACCCUGGAUGAAACAGUGUCCCACCUACUUUCUGCAGGACAAAAAAUGUUCAUCGAUGUCAAACACAAGGAUCCAAGGCUUAUCAAGGUGAUUUUGGAUAUUUACGAGAAGUAUCCACAACUUUACACAAAUGCUUUAGUGACUUCAUUCUUCGCUACAAUGAUCUACAGGAUCAGAAGAAGGAACCCAAGGAUUGUCGCUGCUGUAGCGUGGUGUCCAGAAGUGAUAUACUAUGCGUCCAAAGUAUCAUCUGAGGGUGGCCCUUGGUAUGCUAAGCUAAUUCUUCGCGUCUUGGACGUUAUACACGAAUGGUUAUUGCCAAGAUUCACUUAUUUCCUGGUUGGUUUUUCAGUUUUGCUUCUACACAGAUAUUCUAUGAACGUAAAAACAAUAUAUGAUUGGAAGCAGAGAGGUGUAAGAGUGAUAGCUUGGACUUUGAACAGAUCGUUAGAUAAGAAGUAUUGCGUCGAAGUCCUGAAGAUACCUUAUUUGACCGAUACAUUCGAAGAUGAUCCUUCUAAGCCUCCUGUUCAUACUGAUGUACCCAAAGAAUAUUACUCAUAUUGAUGGAAAAUAAAUGAAUACAUUAUCAUAUAAU